AUGUUUAAAUAUGUGCUUCCUCGGCGAUUGUACUCGAGCUCUGUCAAAGACUUCAAUCCCACAAUCUAUGCUCUUUCCACCAAACCUGGCAGAUCUGCCAUAGGUGUGGUGAGAAUAUCAGGUACUCAGUCAAGCUACAUUUACCAACAAUUGACCAAGAAUGCUGAUAAGAAAGGACAAGCAUUACCAAAGCACAGACUAUCAAGCGUUCGAAAGCUAUACUCUCCCGUAAGUAAUCUCCUUUUGGACGAAGCCUUAACCAUAUUCUUUAAAUCUCCAAAAACCUACACAGGCGAAGAUAUACUUGAGCUCCAUCUUCACGGAGGGACAGCAAUUAUUCAAGGAGUUUUAAAUUCUAUUAAAGGGUUGCACGAUCCUUCCAGAGGUGUAAAUAUACGAUAUGCCGAAAACGGAGAGUUCUCCAAGAGAGCCUUUAUCAAUGGGAGGUUUGACUUGACGGAGAUAGAAGGCAUUAGAGAGAUGAUUGACGCUGAAACUGAAUCCCAGAGAGUUGCUGCGUUGUCUCUGAUGACGGGAAACACGAAACAAAUAUUUAUGAAAUGGAGAAGCGAGAUUGUGAAAAACGUCGCUUUGUUAACCACAGUGAUAGACUUUGGAGAAGAUCAUGAUAUUGAAGAAGUUUCUACUCUUUUUGCUACAGUGCAAGAGAACAUCAACAAGAUUCACAGUGAGAUAUUGGAGUAUUUACAGAGAGUUCAAAGAUCUGAAAUCCUUUUGAAGGGCAUUAAGCUCGUGUUAUUGGGUCCUCCAAAUGCCGGAAAAUCAUCCUUGUUAAAUAUCUUAGCUAAUAAGGACGCUGCAAUAGUCAGCGAUAUAGCUGGUACGACCAGAGAUGUUAUUGAUGUUCCACUAGAUAUUAACGGGUUUAAAGUGGUGGUGGGAGAUACUGCUGGAAUAAGACAAACAUCAGAAGCAAAUACAAUAGAAAUUGAAGGAAUCAAGAGAGCAAAGGUAAGGUCACUUAGCGGUGACUUAAUUCUUAUUGUGCUACCCUUAGACCAACCUAAUAUUAACGAGUCGCUUACCGACCACAUUUCCAGCUUACAAAAAGAAGACAAAAAGAUAUUGGUGGUAUUGAAUAAGUCUGAUCUUGUGCGUUCAGUAGAUGUAAAUGAAUUUAGCAAAAGAUUGAAUAUCCCAGCUGAAUCUUUCUAUAUAGUUUCAUGUUCCACUGGUGGAGGAAUUGAAGCAUUUACUCAGACUCUUACUGACAAUUUCAAGUCCAUUACUCUUACCGAAAAUAAUGACCCGGUGAUCAUCUCAGCAAGAUCUCAAGAUUUACUUGCCAACGACGUCUUAUAUGGAUUUGAGCAGUUCAAGUUUUGGAAGGAGAACGAUGAAGUAGUACUAGCUUCGGAAAGUUUGAGACAAUCAGUUGAAGGUAUAGGAAAAAUAACAGGAGAGACUGUUGGAAUAGAGGAAGUAUUAGACGUUGUAUUUUCCAGCUUCUGCAUAGGAAAGUAA